ACGCUGUCACCUACCUCGCUACGUCCCCCCUGUAUGGCGAGGUGACGUCAGACGGCGCGGCGGUGUGACAGGGGACCUCGGUAAUAAGAUGGCGACAGGAGGGUCCGGGGGAGAACGGAUUGAUUACAGGUGAGCCUCAGUCCUAAAACCUCUUCUCGGAGCCCCGAAAUGUCCAACCAUUUACAAUGAAUAGCAGGAGUCCGCUGAGGUCUCAGAAAACAGCCACCAUAUCAAAGUUUUUCUACCCAAGAAACUACUGGAGUGUUUACCUAAGUGUACUGUAUUACCCAAAGAGAGACUGCGCUGGAAUACCAAUGAGGAAAUUGCAUCGUACCUUAUCACCUUUGAGAAGCAUGAAGAGUGGUUAUCUUGUGCCCCGAAAACUAGACCACAGAACGGCUCCAUCAUUCUAUACAAUCGUAAGAAGGUGAAAUAUCGGAAAGAUGGGUAUUGCUGGAAAAAGAGAAAAGAUGGAAAAACCACACGAGAAGAUCACAUGAAACUGAAAGUGCAAGGGAUGGAGUGCCUCUAUGGAUGCUAUGUUCAUUCUUCGAUUGUACCAACAUUUCACCGUCGCUGCUACUGGCUUCUUCAGAACCCUGAUAUUGUUUUGGUACAUUAUCUGAAUGUCCCAGCCAUCGAGGAUUGUGGGAAGAUCUGUGGCCCUAUCCUGUGCUCUACAAACAGCGACAGGAAGGAAUGGAUGAAAUGGAGCAAGGAGGAGCUGAUCAGUCAGCUGAAACCUAUGUUUCAUGGCAUUAAGUGGUCAUGCAGCAAUGGAAAUGGGACAAGUGAGUUCUCUAUAGAGCAACUGGUGCAGCAGAUUCUUGACACCCACCAGGCCAAACCUCCUCCCCGUACACACACCUGUCUGUGCAACACCACCCUGGGAUCAGCAGGAGGAAUACCUCACAAAUGCACUAGUACUAAGCACCGCAUCAUCUCGCCAAAGGUGGAGCCACGAUUAUGCCCGUUUCCAGCUCUCACAGAGGUUCAGAAUAUUUCAUCAUCUUCAUCAGAACAAGACCAGGGCAAAUCUGAGAGGAGAGGGGGUCAUAAGAGUGGCAGAAUCCCCUCUGGGAGUGACCCAAGCUCCUCCCGCACCUACUCUGAGCUCCCAGACACCACACAGGCAUCUCCACCACUUGCGCUCACUAAUGGUUUCUACACAGAAAGGGAAUUGGCAGGUGUGACAAUAACUACAACUGCUGGUGUCCCGGGUAUUAGUGCAGUGCUGGUGAUGACAGGCAUCCCUGAGAAGCCUUUGACAUUAACUCCCAGCCAACAUCUGAUGCCAGCAGAGGCAGCUAAUCAACCCACAACAGUACCUGUGGGCAUCUCUCUCUUACCUUCACCUGUGGAAGGCCUCCUGCUCUCCUCCUCACAAAGUCUAGAGGUUUCCAUGGAGGCAACACAAGGGACUGGUUGUGGAACCUUUGAUCCAGACUCCUUCCUCAACAGCCCCAAAGAAGGAGAGACAUAUGGUGGAGCAGCUGGAACCAGGGAAUUCAAGCAAGAGACAGCAGAAGGAGGAACUGUCGAUGCAGGGACAUGUGUAGGAGGCUUUGUGGAGACUGGAGAAUUGUCAACACCAGAGAUAACUUCUGGAAUUAAAGAGGAAACAUCUAAGAUGGUAGAAACUGGAGCUAAGGAUGAGGAAGUUCAAUCCGUAAGGGAGAGCAGCUGCUCGCCAGAGGUAGACAUGGAUACCAGAGAGGGGCAGGUCAGCACCAGUGAUAAAGAUGGAGUAGAAGUGGUAGCAGAUGAAAGGCAAGAAGAGGGGGAUACUCAAGCCACCAAUAUAAAUGACUUAUACUCCAUCAUUCAAAAUGAUCUGAGUUCUUCAUCUGGAGCUUCCAGUGUCCAUAUGGAGCUUUCUGCAGAAAACUUCAACAUAUCCUUUGACAGCCAAUUUCCAGAUCUUAUCUCUGAUCUGAUGACAGAUGAAGCUGCUCCAGGGAGCUAUGAACAUUUUGGAGAUCCCCAGGCCCAGUCCUCACCAGCUCAUGCAGAAUAUGUACAACAGCAAAUGCAGGCAAUGGUAGAAAGUACUGCUGUUGUGGGAAAUCAAUUUCCAGAAACGGGAGAUGGGUCUUCUGUGCUUGUGAGAAUCACAGACUUUUCUCCAGAGUGGUCCUAUCCAGAGGGAGGUGUUAAGAUCCUCAUCACAGGUCCUUGGGUUGAAGACACAGAUUCAUAUUCCUGUGUUUUUGAUCACUUGACUGUCCCAGCUUCACUUAUUCAGUCGGGAGUCCUGCGCUGCUAUUGCCCAGCGCAUGAAGCUGGCCUGGUUACAUUGCAAGUGGUUCAACAUCAGCAGAUUAUCUCCCACUCUGUGAUCUUUGAAUAUCGGGCAAGAAACUUCCUUUCUCUACCCAGCACACAACUGGAUUGGCUUUCAUUGGAUGACAAUCAGUUCAGGAUGUCUAUAUUGGAGCGUUUAGAACAGAUGGAGCGUAGAAUGGCUGAUAUGAGCUCUGGACAAAGCCACCAACCCCAGGCUCUUCCAUGUGGCCAGCGUGGAGGGGAGACAACACAGAUGUCAUCCACAGAUACCUUUGAGGCACGGCUAGUGGCAGUGUGUGAGAAAAUGAUGGCACAGGCUUGCUGGGUGACAUCAGAUCUUUUGGCACAUGAGAUGAGUUUCCGUGGCAUGACUCUGUUACAUCUUGCGGCCGCGCAGGGGUAUUCCAGGCUCAUAGAAACUCUUAUACAGUGGAGGAGUCUACACUCACAGAGUCUAGCGGUGGAACUUGAGGUUGACCCCUUAAAUGUAGAUCACUUCUCAUGUACUCCAUUGAUGUGGGCCUGUGCCCUUGGUCACACCGAGGCAGCCACACUUCUGUUCCGCUGGGACUGCAGAGCUCUUUCAAUCCCUGACUCUUUGGGCCGUCUCCCUCUAGGAGUGGCUCGAUCUCGUGGUCAUGUGAAGUUGGCAGCCACUCUGGAAGAGCUGCAGAGACUAGAACCACCCAUGUGCAACUAUACCGAACUUCAGGAAAGCAGUUGGCACCCAUUAAUGGGCAACCAGGAUCCAGGAAGGGGCCUUUCCCCUCUGUCAACCAGCGCAGAUACCGGACUGAGUAGUUUGCCAUCUCCAUCAGAGGUAUCAGAUGGAUCUAUCUCUGUAACCUCUGCAUACUCUAGUAGCUCUGCACUACGUGAGUCACCAGACUUCAGCCCAGAAAGUAGCCAGGACACUCCUGAUCCCCGACUCCUAGGAGCAUCCUCUUGGGAUCUUGAGGAUGCAGGUGGAGGUCAACACUAUCUAGAUUCUCCUGGAGUUGGUGGUGGUUAUGAGGAGGAGGCUGAUCUUUUGGAGUACAGAGAGGACACUGAGAACCAAGGCUACCUGCAGGUUGAUAUGGUUACUCUUGCAGAACAGAUUAUAGAAGCUACCCCAGAUAGGAUAAAGCAGGAGGACUUCACCGCUUCUGAUUCUGGGACCUUGAGAGAGAGACCAGGCAACCUUAGCAAGACAAUGGCCUGGUUGGCCAGCUACCUGGAGACUGCUGAUCAAAUGCCUGGUCUUCCCCCACAUGGUGAGGGAAUGCGUGCUGCUCGCGCCUUGGCUUGCUUUGCUCGGAUGAGCCCGAGUGAAGAUGGGUCCAGCCAUGGAUCACACCUAGAAAUGGGAACAUAUGGACAAAGAAGCAAGAGAGUAAAUAGGAGAUCUUCAGAAUCAUUGCGUGUUAAGAUGACAAGAUCUGAUGCACCCCCUUCCCCCUCAACACCACCACCCCUUGGAGAAAUCUCCUUUGAGCGAUUUGAUCCACCUGGCACUGCUCGCUGGUCGGAAUUUCUUGGUGCAUCAAGUAGUGGAAGGAUGGAGAGUGAAUUUGCACUACUCACCUUGUCGGAUCAUGAACAGCGGGAAUUAUAUGAGGCAGCACGUGUCAUCCAGACAGCCUUCCGCAAGUACAAGGGUCGGCGAUUAAAGGAGCAGCAGGAUCUGGCUGCUGCCGUCAUACAACGCUGCUACCGGAAGUAUAAACAGUAUGCCCUAUAUAAAAAGAUGACGCAGGCAGCCAUCUUAAUUCAGUCCAAGUUUCGUAGUUACUAUGAGCAAAAACGUUUCCAGCAGAGCCGCCGUGCCGCCGUCCUGAUACAGCAAUGUUACCGAAGUUAUCGGGAGGGAGCAAAAGGAGGCCCAGCUCUGCAACACCGCAUUAAGGGUUCGUUCCUGACCAAGAAGCAGGACCAGGCAGCCCGCAAGAUUAUGAGAUUCCUUCGUCGCUGCCGGCACAGAAUGAAAGAGAUGAAACAGAGCCAGGAUCUUGAAUGUUUACAGAAGAGGGGACUGACCAAUUAGCCCUACAAUCCUUCACCCCUUCUUUCGCCACCCCUUUUCAUACCUCCUUAUUAGUUAUUCUUACCUUUGUUCCACUCUAGCUGAAAAACGCACAAAUCUCUAUAGAAUAUCUCUGUACGUUGCCAUUUUUUACACUACUUUUUUUGUACUUUUCUCCAACAUGAAAAUAAUUAUUUAAUUGAGAUUAGAAGUGUAUUUAUAAAUGUUUUUUUAUAAUGCUGUCAGGAAAUCAUAACCAAUAUUAGGGCUUUUUAUAAUUCAGAAAUUCUGUGAGGUUUUUGUUACUAAUCAUUUUUUUACUUUAAAUUAUUUUAAGUACAAUUUCAUGUGUUCAUUUAUGUCACUUUGAGUUUUAAUUGCCAGUAAUUCUUUAAGGGUUAUUUAAUAGUAAAACAGUUUUUUUUAACUGAUCUGAAAAAAAGAUGCUUUGCAAAUUUAUUAGUAAACAUCAAUUUCUAUAAUAUAGUUACACUAACAAUAAUUAUUGUUUUUUAGGAAAGAAUUCUAAUUUAAAGGCUGAUAAACUGCAGCUUAAUUAGAUUUACAGAUAGUCUUUUGUGAGACAGUGUAUUUUAUCCACAAAGAGUUGUCCUUAAUUUUAAAUUUAUCUUAAAUUACUUUUAUUUGGUUUAUAUAUAGUUUAUAUAUAGUCCCUGCGUGUAUUAUUGCAGGAUAAUAUUAAAUAGGGCUGCAGACUACUAACGUACGACUACAAUGUUUUCUCUAUUUUAUUGUUAGAUACUUUGUGGAAGGGAAAUCAGGGUAUGUAAAAGCAAAUUAAGAAAUAUAAUAAAUAGUAUCUAUAUAUUAACAAGAUAGUUUUAAAAUGUAAUUACUUGUUACUCUUUUCUUUCAGAGUAUAUUUAUUAUAAAUGGUUAUUGAAUAAUAGAAUUGAUACAUUUGAUAGUAGAUGAUGCUUAUCUUCAGAUUGCAGGUUGUGUAAUGCAGUCUUUGUAAUCUGUUCAUACACAAACAUCAUCCUUGUUAUCUUAUUGAAAUGUUGAGUUAGGCAUUAAAAUGUGACACCAAACCUUGGCCUUUCAAAAUGUCACCAUGUAAGGCACUGAAGGAAUUAAAUAAAAAUGGCAGUGGGGAAGACUUAAAAAAAAAAAGAUUUAAUGCUCCAUUGUUUUACAGAGACGGAGGGAAGUACCAUCAUAUUGUAGCAAUUAUUGAUAGACAUGACAUGACGUCUUCCCCUGUGUAGCUUGUGACUUAAAAUGACAGUUUACCCUUAAAAGUGGGUUUUUAAAAUGUAUCAUGGUUUUUUGUAAAACUGAUGAUCUAGUAGUAAAAAAUAACAAGUUCACUUUGUUUUUAUGCUUGUUGGGCAAAUCACCCAGUAAGUUUCUAUCCCAUGGGCCUGUAUUGCACAAUCACAUAGUCUCUUUAAAGUGCUGCACAUGUUUGUUUGUUUUGUCAUGCCAACAUUUCAGUGUCAGCAUUUCAGUACUACUGCCUCAGCCAUUAGUAUGUCAUCACAUCAAUGGUUCGUAAGACGUAUUUCUAGUAUUUAACUCAGUUGUAGGUCAGUAAUGCAUCAUUAUCUUGUAUCUAUAUAAAAUAUAUUGAUGCUUUAAUAACUUGAAUGCCUUUUAAAUGUAUUACAAUAGAGCAACAUAUUAGUAGAGCCCCAGCAUGCUACUGUCUUACAGCUGCCAUUAAGCAGCAUUAAAAGAAAGGUUUUAUGGGCCUUUUUAAAGCAUUUCGCUUUGCAUGCUGGGUCUGUACAGCCAUAGUAUACUAGUGACUUCAAUUUACCUAAAGGUAGCAUUUUUACUUUACAAAACAGAACCUGUUGUCAGGGACAGUGGGAAUUACAACUGUAAAAAGAAUCAUAUCAUUAUAAAAACAAAAACAUUAUUUUUUUAUGGCAACAUACAGAGAUAGUCCUUAUUUUUUUAUGCAGAGCGUGUGUUUAUGUAUAGCUGGAGGUUCCCGCCUGUUGUUUAGUUCUCCUGGAAAUAAGGGGACACUGUAAUGUUUAAUUGCUCAUACCUCUUAAUUGCCUGCUCAUUGCAUCACUACAUGCAGUGCUUGUUUGUAUGUGUCUGCGCAAGCGUGUGUAUGUUUGUGUCUGUGCAUGUAUGUGAAUGUUUGUGUGUGACUAUAGAAAAUGUACAUGCUGAGUAAACUGACUCAUAAGUAUUCAAAAUAUUGGAAAAAAAACGGUUAUAUUUUUAUUAAUGUAAUUUUGGUUAGAUGGAUUUGAGAUGUUGAUGACAGCUGUAUAAGUCGGAUUCUUCACACUACCACUAUUUACCAUUUUGAAUAUUCAUGGGUAGUUUUGUUCUGUAUGCAUGCAUUUGCCACUUUGGAAAGUACACUGUCAGUGUGCCACUGAUUUGAGUGUAGGUUGGGAGAUUAUAUAUUAAUUUAAAUUAUGGUGGGUAAAAAGAGGAGGAAUAAAUUCCUCCACCAUGAGUCAAGGGUACUCAAAAGACCUUUGUAUUGCCCAUCUGUACACCCCUCCACAGAAACACUGAACUAUCAAUGUUUUUCAUUGGAGCAAAGGACUCUGGGUAAAGAUAUGCAAAUGAGCAGCACAAUGCUUCAUCUUUAUUUGCCUCACUCAUCUAUUUUAAAUACAGACUUCCUUUUGUUAGGGUGAGCAAAAGGGAAUCCAUGUUUAAAAUGGUUAUCUAUAUAUAUUUCUAUUAGACAUUCACCAGUUUCGUUCACUGACUAAGGCAGCAUUUUUUUUCAGAGCAGGAUUUCAUCUCGUGCAACACUAAGAUGCCAAGAUCUGUGCAAAUCUAUAUCUUAGUGUAUUGCACUUUCACAAGAAGAAAUCCAGCUCCGAAAAUAGCUGAAUGCCACGAGCACCCGCUUCCUUCUGCAUUCAGCAGUUUACGAAACUGCCGAAUGCACGUCUAAUAUUUAAAUAUAUUUAUAAUACAUGUAUGGGGGGAACAGGAAACAUGGGUGUGCCUGCAUAUGGUUGUGUGCUUGUAUAGCGAUGAAGAAUUAAUUUCAAGAUCUAAGUGUGAUUUAUUUAAGAGCUUCCUCGGAAUCAGGUAAGCUCAGGAGGGACUGUAAAUCUCAUGUGAAGUGGGUGGUAUGUAUGUUUUUGUAUAUGUACAUAUAUAUAUUUCUGUAUAUUUGUGAAAGUUAUCACCUAAGCUUCACACUCAGGCAGCUGACUUAUUUAUUUAUUUCACUGGUCUCAUUUCAUGCACUUUGUAAUUCAUAUAUAUAUAUGUGCGUGUGUGUUUUUUUAUUUUUUAUUCAAAAUGUUUUACAUUUGUGUUUUUUUAUAUGUACAUACAUAUUGUUUUUUUAAUCUUUUCAUUGUUGUGAAUAUUAUACAGGGGAAAGCUGACAUUCUGCUGGGGUAGAUUCACAAAGGGGAUGUGUAUAUAUAUAUAUGAGCUCGAAUUCCAAGGGAAAUGUAUAUUAUCAAACUGGCAAAUAUUAUUAUAAAUAAAAAUAAGUAUUACAUAUGAAGAUGUGUUUAAAGUGAGGCAAGAAAAAUGCAGAAUAAAUAUAUAAUUAUACCAGAAAAAAUGUAAUGCAAAAUAUAUUUAAAACUUUCUCAAAAUGUAGAAAAUUAUGUAUUUAAAAAUACAAAUAUGUGGAAAAAUGAGGAAAAGACAUAAUUUUUUUUUAAUGUAGUACUUUACAUCCGCCUGGAAGCACAUAUAUUUACAAAUUGUUUUAUUCUUGUUUGUAUUUAUCUUCUUUUUAAAAUUAUUUCCCACUUAUACAUAUUUUUUCCUCAUUUUUAACUAUUUUUCUUUUUCUGAAUAUGUAUGCUUUGAUUGUUUUGGUAUUUAUAAUUGCUUUUUCUCAUUUUUAAAUAUAUUUUCUUCAGCAAAAUGUAACUGAACAGUAAAAGAGAAAACAUCUUCAGAAGAUGUAAAAGUUAAAAUAGAAACAAAGCUAAGAAAGUAUAUUUACAAAUUGACAAAAAAAAAAUUUAUUUAAGAAUUUAAAUAAAACAGUCAACAGAAAAAAAAUAUAUGAAAAUUAUCUUAAAAAAAAGAAAUAUAUUUAGAAAAUGAUAUGAAUAAAUAUGAAGGAACUGUGGAGCAACAAAUGUUUUUUGCAUGAAAAUGUAAAUAUUGUAAUAUAAAGUUUUAUGAAAAUAGAAUUUUCUGCCUGCUUCACGUGACUUGAGAACAUUUCAAGAAACACAAGGGAAAAAGAAUUGAGUUCAAUUGUUUUUCUCCCAGUUUACGGCGUCUGUAUUGCGUAUUUUUACUUCUUUUUGCAUGAGUUUGUAACCAUUUGCAUUAAAGACGCUGCACUGGCCGAAAAGAA